CAGAUUACAUGAUUGAUGUAAACAAUAACCUGACAACAAGCUUUUUUACAUUACAUUUUGUAUUUUAAAAUAAACAAAAAUGAGUGGAGUUCUUAUGUCGAAGAUUUUCAUAGGAAAAGACAUGGAAAGUCGUCUAAUUGCGGCAUCUGAAAGUGGUGAUCUUUCAACAGUCAAGAAAUUACUUAAAUUUAAAGUAAACUCAAACUCGAAAGACAGCGAUGGGACGUGUGCACUAUCAAAGGCUUGUGCCGGAGGAUUUACACCAGUUGUGAAAUUACUGAUAGAGAAUGGUUGUGAUGUAAAUAUGAAAGGAAGAUUAAAUAUAACACCACUUCAUGCUGCAGUGAUAGGAAACUACAGUGAAAUUGUGAAGCAUUUACUUAUUGCUGGAGCUAAACCAGAGGCAAUGACGGUGACAGGCAUUAAACCAAUAGACUUGACAAAACAUGAAUCGGAAAUAUGGAACAUUAUCAAUGAUGUUAAACAAGGUGAUAUGCCUGAAAUCGAGGAAGUCAGUGAAGUUUUUGAAGUUCCAGAUUUCAGUAUUCCUGGUGGUGAGAAGAAGGCCAGGAAAAAGUCAGGAAAAGGCAAAAAGGGGAAGAAAGGAAAAAAAGGAAAGAAGGGAGGAAAGAAAGGAGGAAAAAAGAAGAAGAAAAAAUGAACAGAUUUCUAUUCACAUGUAUACAACUUUUUUUUCUAGUCCUCUUGGUCUUUAAUGAUGUAUUAUUAUAUGAAUACAAGACUGCAAAUGACAUGUUAUAUCAUCAUAUCAUAGAUUUUUAAGAAGAUUUAUAAAUGUUAGAAAAGAAUAUACAUUGUAGUCAG